UUAAAAAUGGAAGCUGUAGUGUUCAACGGUGGCAACCUCACCUUAAAGUAUGAGACCAACUACCCGGUCCCUAAGGUCGUCGAGGACACUGAUGUCAUCGUGAAGGUGCAUUACGCGGGAAUAUGCGGCACCGAUCUGCACAUUAUCAAGGGCGAGUUCCCCGCACGUAAGGACUAUCCCGUGGCCAUGGGUCAUGAGUUCAGCGGCGUCGUCACGGAGGUCGGGAAGGCUGCCAGUGCCAACUUUAAAGUGGGCCAGAAGGUCGUCGUGGACCCUAACAGUGCUUGCAACAGGUGCGAUUUCUGCCGCACAGGAAACUACCACUACUGUCUGACCGCCGGUAUUAACAACACCAUCGGGAUCUGGCGAGAUGGCGGCUGGGCCGAGUACGUUCGUUGCCCGGACACGAACGUCUACGCGCUCCCGGACGAAAUCACUACUGAACAAGGAGGUCUUUGCGAGCCCUACUCAUGCGUCGCUCACGGAUUUGACCGGGCGGCCCCUCUGCAGAUUGGCAAAAAGAUACUCGUGGUCGGAGCUGGCAUCAUUGGCAACUUGUGGGUGGCGGCGCUCCAUCAUCAGGGCCACCGGGAGGUCACAGUCUCAGAGAUGAACCAAUCCAGGCUAGAUAUCGUCAAGAAACUGAACACUGGAUUCCGGCUCAUCUCCCCUGACGUGCUCGCUAAAGAAGACAAACUGUACGACAUCAUCGUUGAUUGCACAGGUGUCGGCAAAGUGAUGGAGAUAAACUUCAACUACUUGAACCAUGGCGGUAAAUACGUGCUCUUCGGAUGCUGUCCCCCCACACACACAGCCACAAUUAACCCAUUCGAUAUCUACAACAAGGAGAUCACCGUCGUUGGCAUCAAGAUCAACCCGUACACUUUCCCUAAGGCCGUUGGGUGGCUCAGGGCUAUGGGAGAAAGGUACUUAAACUACGAAAACCUGGGCAUCAAGACCUAUAAGCUGUCGGAGUACGAGAAGGCCCUGGAUGACAUGAGGGCUGGCUCCAUCGCCAAGGCCCUUUUUAAAGUUGUCAAGUAAAUAAAUGAUGAUGAUGAUGAUGAUGAUGAAUGAUGAUGUGGCUAUGUGGUGGGAGAGUAAAAUGACACUUGUCAAGUUGCAAUAUAAAAGACAAGCGUUGCCGUCAUCGUCACGCACAUAGCUAAUAUGACAGGUUUUUUAAUUAAUUUUUUUAAUUAGUAGUCAGUCAUUUAUUGUGUAAAAGAUUUAGAGUAUGUACAACACAUUAAAGUACAUUAUAAUAACUCAGGUAUAUGACAAGUUUUUACCUUUUAUCUAUGUACAAAGAAUUUUAAUAAAAAAAAUGAAAUGUAAAUAAUUACAAUUUUGUAUAUUUUUAACUACAAACGUACAGUCAACUGGUUGUGCUUAUUUAUUGUUAAUAAAAAAUAUUACUAAUGAA